CCCGCAGCGCCCCGGGGUACUUGGGGGCCCCGCCCCGCCCCGCCCUGCCAGCCUCAGUGUGCCGCUCCGAGCAAGGGGCGCGGGCGGCCGCCGCCGGCUCCGGGCGCUUUCCAAGCGGCGGCCACCGGGGAGCGCUCUGCGCCGCCGCCGCCGCCUCCGCCUCCGCCGCUCCCGCCCCGGCGGCGCCGCGCUCCGCUCCGCUCCGCUCCGCUCCCUGCGCUCCUCACUCGGCGGCGGAGCCCGGCGCGGGCGGCAGCGCCGGGCGGAGCGGGGAGCCGGCCCGGCCCGACCCGACCUCCCUCGCACGGAUUACGGCGCCGCCGCUCCGCGAAGUUGCCUCCGCCGGCGCCGCUCCCGGGACCAUGGGGCCGGCGCGGAUCCUGCUCGGCGCAGCCCUCGCCUCCCUCCUCGCCCUGCGGCGCGCCCGGGCGCAAGAUGAUGUAUCGCCCUACUUCAAGACGGAGCCGGUGCGGAGCCAGGUGCACCUGGAGGGCAACCGCCUGGUGCUGACCUGCAUGGCCGAGGGCAGCUGGCCCCUGGAGUUCAAGUGGCUGCACAACGGCAGGGAGCUGACCAAGUUCUCGCUGGAGUACAGGUACAUGAUCACAUCGCUGGACCGUACCCAUGCCGGCUUCUACCGCUGCAUCGUCCGCAACCGCAUGGGAGCCCUGCUGCAGCGGCAGACGGAGGUGCAGGUGGCCUACAUGGGCAGCUUCGAGGACGGCGAGGAGCGGCAGAGCGUGUCGCACGGCGAGGCGGCUGUCAUCCGCGCCCCCCACAUCGCCAGCUUCCCCCAGCCCCAGGUCACUUGGUUUCGCGACGGCCGGAAAAUCCCCCCCAGCAGUCGCAUAGCCAUCACGCUGGACAACACCCUGGUCAUCCUGUCGACGGUGGCACCCGACGCGGGGCGGUACUACGUGCAAGCCGUGAACGACAAGAACGGAGACAAUAAGACCAGCCAGCCCAUCGCGCUCACCGUGGAAAAUGUCGGCGGCCCGGCAGAUCCCAUCGCCCCCACCAUCAUCAUCCCGCCCCGCAACACCAGCGUGGUGGCCGGCACCUCGGAGGUGACGAUGGAGUGCGUAGCCAAUGCCAGGCCGCUGAUCAAGCUGCACAUCGUGUGGAAGAAGGACGGGGCGGUGGUGUCCGGCAGCAUCAGCGACUACAACCGGCGCCUCACCAUCCUCAACCCCGCGCUGAGCGACAGCGGCUACUACGAGUGCGAGGCCGUGCUGCGCAGCAGCAGCGUGCCCUCCGUCUCCCGCGGUGCCUACCUCUCCGUGCUGGAGCCGCCGCAGUUUGUCAAGGAGCCGGAGAAGCACGUGACGGCCGAGAUGGAGACGGUGGUGGUGAUCCCCUGCCAGGCCAGAGGCGUCCCGCCACCUGCCAUGGCCUGGUACAAGGACGCGGCCCCCAUCCACCUGGAGAAGCUGUCGCGCUUCCGGCUGCAGCCCGACGGGAGCCUGCAGAUCAGCGGGCUGGUCCCCGACGACACCGGCAUGUUCCAGUGCUUCGCCCACAACGAUGCCGGCGAGGUCCAGACCUCCACCUACCUGGCCGUGACCAGCAUUGCCCCCAACAUCACGCGGGGGCCGCAGGACAGCACAGUGAUCGACGGCAUGUCGGCGAUCCUCACCUGCGAGACCUCGGGGGCGCCGCGCCCCGCCAUCACCUGGCAGAAAGGUGAGCGGAUCCUGGCCAGCGGGUCGGUGCAGCUGCCACGCUUCACCCUGCUGGAGUCGGGCAGCCUGCUCAUCAGCCCCACGCACAUCGCCGAUGUCGGCAGCUACACCUGCCUGGCCACCAAUUCCCGCGGCGUGGACGAGGCCUCGGCCGACCUGGUUGUCUGGGCCCGGACACGCAUCACAACCCCGCCGCAGGACCAGAGCGUCAUCAAGGGCACCAAGGCCUCCCUGAGCUGCGGUGUGACCCACGACCCCAGCGUGACCAUCAGGCACAUCUGGGAGAAGGACGGGGUGCCCGUCAGCGUGGACAGCGUCCCGCGGGUCCGGCUGGAUGGAGACGGCACCCUGCACAUCUCCCAGACCUGGUCGGGCGACAUCGGCACCUACACCUGCAAGGUCGUCUCCGUCGGGGGCAACGACUCCCGCAGCGCCCACCUCCGUGUCCGGCAGCUCCCCCAUGCCCCGGAGAGCCCCGUGGCUCUGCUGAGCCCGCUGGAGAAACGGGCCAUCAACCUGACCUGGGCCAAGCCCUUUGACGGGAACAGCCCCCUGCUGCACUACGUGCUGGAGGUCUCCGAGAACAAUGCCCCCUGGACCAUCCUGCUGCCCAGCGUGGACCCCGAAGCCACCUCGGUGGUGGUGCGGGGCCUGGUCCCCGCUCGCUCCUACCAGUUCCGCCUCUGCGCCGUCAACGACGUGGGCAAGGGCCAGUUCAGCAAGGACACGGAGCGGGUGUCUCUGCCGGAGGAGCCGCCCUCGGCACCCCCCCAGAACGUCAUCGCCAGUGGCCGGACCAACCAGUCCAUCAUGAUCCAGUGGCAGCCACCCCCUGAGAGCCACCAGAACGGCCUCCUGAAGGGCUACAUCAUCCGGUACUGCCUGGCCGGGCUGCCCGUCGGGUACCAGUUCAAGAACAUCACCAACGCCGACGUCAACAACCUGCUGCUGGAAGACCUCAUCAUCUGGACCAACUACGAGAUUGAGGUGGCGGCGUACAACAGCGCCGGCCUGGGCGUCUACAGCAUGAAGGUGACCGAGUGGACGCUGCAGGGAGUGCCCACCGUGCCCCCCGGGAACGUGCAAGCCGAGGCCACCAACUCCACCACCAUCCGCUUCAGCUGGAACCCGCCCAGCCCCCAGUUCAUCAACGGCAUCAACCAGGGGUACAAGCUGAUCGCGUGGGAGCCGGAGCAGGAGGAGGAGGCGACGGUGGUGACGGUGCGGCCCAACUUCCAGGACAGCAUCCACGUGGGCUACGUGGCAGGGCUGAAGAAGUUCGCCGAGUACUUCACCUCGGUGCUGUGCUUCACCACGCCAGGCGACGGCCCGCGCAGCCCGCCCCAGCUGGUGCACACGCACGAGGACGUGCCUGGCCCCGUGGGGCACCUCAGCUUCAGCGACAUCCUGGACACAUCCCUGAAGGUCAGCUGGCAGGAGCCCGUGGAGAAGAACGGCAUCCUGACGGGCUACCGCAUCUCCUGGGAGGAGUACAACCGCACCAACACGCGGGUGACGCACUACCUGCCCAAUGUCACCCUGGAGUACCGCGUCACCGGCCUCACCGCCCUCACCACCUACACCAUCGAGGUGGCCGCCAUGACGUCCAAGGGGCAAGGGCAGGUGUCCUCCUCCACCAUCUCCUCCGGGGUCCCUCCAGAGCUCCCCGGCGCGCCCACCAACCUGGGCAUCUCCAACAUCGGCCCGCGCUCUGUGACCUUGCAGUUCAGGCCUGGCUAUGAUGGGAAGACAUCCAUCUCCCGCUGGCAGGUGGAAGCACAGGUGGGGCAGGUCGGCGAGAGCGAGGAGUGGGUGCUGGUUCACCAGCUGGCCAACGAGCCCGAUUCCCGCUCCAUGGAGGUGCCCGGCCUCAACCCGUACACGUACUACAGUUUCCGCAUGCGGCAGGUGAACAUCGUGGGCACCAGCCCGCCCAGCCUGCCCUCCCGUCGCAUCCAGACCUUGCAGGCCCCCCCAGACGUGGCGCCUGCCAAUGUCACCCUGCGCACGGCCAGCGAGACCAGCCUGUGGCUGCGCUGGAUGCCUCUUCCUGACCAGGAGUACAACGGGAGCCCGGAGUCGGUGGGGUACCGGGUGCGGUAUGCACGCUCGGAUGGGCGGGGGCGCACGGCGCUGCACGCCAUCCACGACCGGGUGGAGCGGGAGUUCACCAUCGAGGACCUGGAGGAGUGGACCGAGUACCAGGUGCAAGUGCAGGCCUUCAACGCCAUCGGGGCCGGGCCCUGGAGCCGCGUCGUGGCGGGGCGCACCCGGGAGUCAGUGCCCUCAUCCGGCCCCGCCAACGUGUCCGCGCUGGCCACCACCUCCAGCAGCAUGCUGGUCCGCUGGACCGAGAUCCCCGAGGCCGACCGCAACGGGCUCAUCCUGGGCUACAAGGUCAUGUACAAGGAAAAGGACUCGGACCUGCGCGCCCGGUUCUGGCUGGCGGAGGGGAACGCGUCACGCAGCGCCCAGCUCGCGGGGCUGGGCAAGUACGUGCUGUACGAGAUCCGCGUGCUGGCCUUCACCCGCAUCGGCGACGGCGUCCCCAGCCACCCGCCCAUCCUGGAGAGGACGCUGGAUGAUGUGCCGGGGCCCCCCGUGGGCAUCCUGUUCCCCGAAGUGCGCACCACCUCCGUGCGGCUCAUCUGGCAGCCGCCCGCCGCGCCCAACGGCAUCAUCCUCGCCUACCAGAUCACGCACCGCCUGAACACCACCAACGCCAACACGGCCACCGUGGAGGUGCUGAACCCCAGCGCCCGGCAGUAUACAGCCACGGGGCUGCGCCCGGAGUCCACCUACCUCUUCCGCAUCACGGCCCAGACCCGCAAGGGUUGGGGAGAGGCUGCCGAGGCGCUGGUGGUGACCACCGAGAAGAGAGACCGCCCGCAGCCCCCCAGCAAGCCGGCGGUGCCGCAGGAGGAGGUGAAGGCGCGCAGCGUGCUGCUGUCCUGGGAGCCGGGCAGCGACGGGCUGUCGCCGGUGCGGUACUACACGGUGCAGACGCGCGAGCUGCCGGCCGGCGAGUGGAGCUUGCACUCCGCCUCCGUCAGCCACAACGCCACCUCCUUCGUGGUGGACAGGUUGAAGCCCUUCACCUCCUACAAGUUUCGGGUCAAGGCGACAAACGACAUCGGCGACAGCGCGUACAGCGAGGAGUCGGAGUCGCUCACCACGCUGCAGGCAGCCCCGGAGGAGGCCCCCACCAUCCUGUCGGUCACCCCUCACACCACCACCUCCGUCCUCCUCCGCUGGCAGCCCCCGGCCGAAGACAAAAUCAACGGGAUCCUGCUGGGCUUCCGGCUCCGCUACCGGGAGCUGGCGUACGAUGGGCUGCGGGGCUUCACCUUGCGCAGCAUCGGCAACCCCGGUGCCCGCUGGACCGAGCUUACCCCCGUGUACACCGUGCGAAACCUCAGCGACGCCAGCCUCACACAGUACGAGCUGGACAACCUGAGCAAGCACCGGCGCUACGAGCUGCGCAUGAGCGUGUACAACGCCGUGGGCGAGGGACCCCCCAGUGCCCCCCAGGAGGUCUUCGUGGGUGAAGCGGUGCCCACGGCGGCACCACAGAACGUGGCCGUGCAGGCCGCCACCGCCACGCAGCUUGACGUCACCUGGGAGCCACCACCUCCCGAGGCGCAGAACGGCGACAUCCAGGGCUAUAAGAUCUACUUCUGGGAGGCGCAGCGGGCGAACGAGACGGAGCGGGUGAAGACGCUGUUCCUGCCCGAGAGCGGCGUGAAGUUGAAGAACCUCACGGGCUACACGGCGUACCUGGUCAGCGUGGCCGCCUUCAACGCCGCCGGCGACGGGCCCCGCAGCCCCCCGGCCAAGGCUCGGACCCAGCAAGCAGCGCCCAGCGCCCCCAGCGCCAUCAGGUUCAGCGAGCUGACCACCACCUCGGUGAAUGUCUCCUGGGAGCCGCCUCUGCUCCCCAACGGCAUCCUGGAGGGCUACCGGCUGGUCUACGAGCCCUGCAUGCCCGUGGACGCAGGCGUCAGCAAAAUCGUGACGGUGGAUGUGAAGGGGAGCAGCCCGCUGUGGAUGAAGGUGAAGGACCUGGCAGAAGGUGUCACCUACCGGUUCCGGAUCCGGGCAAAAACCUUUGCCUACGGGCCCGAGAUCGAGGCCAACAUCACCACGGGGCCGGGCGAAGGUGCCCCCGGGCCCCCGGGAGAGCCCUUCAUCUCCCGCUACGGCUCAGCCAUCACCAUCCACUGGUCCAGCGGGGACCCUGGCAAGGGACCCAUCACCAGAUACGUCAUAGAGGCCCGGCCCUCAGAUGAGGGGCUGUGGGACAUCCUUAUCAAGGACAUCCCGAAGGAGGUGACCUCCUACACCUUCAGCUUGGACAUCCUGAAGCAGGGCGUCAGCUACGACUUCCGCGUCAUCGCUGUGAACGACUACGGAUACGGCACCCCCAGCGCGCCCUCCCCGGCCGUGUCAGCUCAGAAAGCCAACCCCUUCUACGAGGAGUGGUGGUUCCUGGUGGUCAUUGCCUUGGUCGGGCUCAUCUUCAUCCUCCUGCUGGUCUUCGUCCUCAUCAUCCGGGGGCAGAGCAAGAAGUACGCCAAGAAGUCGGACUCCGGCAGCAACCCCAAGUCGGCCGCGCUGAGCCACGGGGAGAUGGUGAGCCUGGACGAGGGCAGCUUCCCUGCCCUGGAGCUCAACAAUCGGCGUCUCUCAGUCAAGAACUCCUUCUGCAGGAAGAACGGCAUCUACACCAGGUCCCCGCCACGGCCCAGCCCCGGCAGCCUGCAUUACUCCGAUGAGGACGUCACCAAGUACAACGACCUCAUCCCCGCCGAGAGCAGCAGCCUGACUGAGAAGCCCUCCGAAAUCUCGGACUCUCAGGGAAGCGACAGCGAGUACGAGGUGGAUCCGAACCCCCAGAAGGCCCACUCCUUCGUCAACCACUACAUCAGCGACCCCACAUACUACAACUCCUGGCGCCGGCAGCAGAAGGGCAUCUCACGGGCGCAGGCGUACAGCUACACCGAGAGCGACUCGGGAGACCCCGACCAUUGCCCCCUGUCCAACAGCAACAGCACGCAGCAGGGCAGCCUCUUCCGGCCCAAAGCCAGUAGGACUCCAACCCCACAGACGCCCGUCAACCCCCCCAGCCAGCAAAGCACCCUGUACCGCCCCCCCAGCAGCCUGGCGCCCGGCUCCAGGGCCCCCAUCGCCGGAUUCUCAUCCUUUGUUUGAUAUUGCAAGAAAGAAGAAAAGCAAAAGAGGAAAAGGACAGGACGGUCGCCCCAAACCAAACCCUACUUCACACCCGUGCUCAGUGCCGGGGCCGGCGAGACCAGGGCCAGCCGUGGGGCGGAGAAGCAGCCCUCGUCCUGCUCCCGCGGCUUUGCUGCUUCGAAGGGGCGCGCGGGGCUCUUCGAAGACCUUUGCCAAAGCUUACGUGGAGGUUCGCGGGCAAGCACGGAGGGGGGAGCUCCCUGACAGCCACAGGCAAGGGGUAAAGGCAAGGAAUGGGGGAGAGCGGUGUGGCGAUGGCAGGCAGCUCCUCGCAGGUGGGAUUGCUCAUCCCUGUGCUGGAGCACUGUGGCUUUCCCCCCGCCUGUGCUUUCUGGCCAAAGCUUUGUGUGUGUGAUGCCAGGGGAGCACAGCUCCAGCCCCGACGGCAACCAACGUGGCUGGCUCCGGGGACGGGCAGGACUCCGACCACCGAAAACGUGCCUGGGCAUCCAGCAGCUACUGCCAACGUCUGGUCCUUGCUGCCACGGAGCCCGCCUGGAUGGGGACGAUGCCUAGGGGCUUACGCUGCCCCGUGGGCCAGGGCUGUGGCUGCUGGUGCCCCGUGGUGCAGAGCAAAGUCGGCUUUUCCAGGGUGGCCUCUCCACCACCUCCUCUCCUCUCCCGGGGGGGAAAGGCAAUGACCGUGGACCGCAGAGAUAUUCCCCAGUGGUUUCUGACGUGGCUGGGGAGCGGGGCAAGCGGAUCUGGGGCCCAGGACAUGAGAACCACAUCGAUUUACUUGAAUUCGGGAGUGAGCCUCCCCUGACCCGGCGAUUUCCUCCCUGCUGGGAAAGCAGGGCUGUGCCACGCAUGGCAGCUUAUCAGCACCUUCAUCCCCGCUCCCAGAAGGUGGGAGAGGGGCAAAUCAUGCCCCAGGUGGUGGAGGGGAGGUAUCCACGCUGAGUACCUAUCGCUGGCUCUGCCACGCCACAGGAUCGUGCCUCUGGGUGGGGGUGAUGGACUGACCGUGGCAGCCUUCAUUUUCUAUUCCCUUUGAGUGUGCAGGUUUGGGGAAGUGUGAGGGGCGGGGGGGUAUCCGGGCCGGUGCAUCGGGCGGUUGUUUCUCAGCAUAGCAAAACACACGCAGUGCCUACUCGUCAGCCGGGGGCGGCCGCAGAGAACGGGGCCAGGCCGGCAGGAGGGAGCGAGAGGAGCUGGGGGCCGCACAGCCUCCCUCCCUGUCCCUUGGCGGGGGGAGUUGGGGCCGCGGCGGUGACACAGCCGCACGCGUCGCCCCCCAGCCCUGGCUUGCACAUCCUCUGCAUCGUUCGGUUCAGAGGGAUCGAACCUGGCGCGUGGGGCCUUUCUAAUAAAGAAUCCAAAGCGA